UAAAAGCACAACCAAAGGGAGGCAAAGUCAAAAUUAUCUCACUUUGUUGAAGGGUUGAACGCUUCAAAGUCCAAAUGGAACAGGUGAAAUUCUUGGAAAUUUAAUGAAGCCAGAGAGCCCCACUUCACUUACUUGUUUUACCACAUUCAACUCAUGCUUGGUUUAUGGGCACUUCUUCCAUCUUUCUCUUAAACUUCCCCGAAGUGAGCAGGUUGGUGUUGGCCUUGAAUUUUGCCAGUCAUUAAAGUCUAUGGGACUUUCUCUUUCCUUGCUCUUAUCCACUUGGAAUGAAGUCUUGCACAACUUCUUUGGUAUCAAAGCCUCCGUUGAGAAGGUUGUUAUGAGGUCCUCAAGCUUUGGAACGAAAGGUGCAGAAAUGGUCUUGAGAGCAAAAAGCUUCAAGGAAGGAGAUUCAGAAGCCAUUAGCAAGUUUGAACAAUCUGAUAAAAAGAAGAUAGAGAGGUCAAUAAGCUUCAAAGAUUGGGAUUCCGAGGAAGCAGAGCUUCAAGCAUUUGAAUCAUCAAAAGAAGAAUCUAUUGAUCGAGAGAGUUUAAGUUCCAUCUCAUUGAAGAAUAAUGCUCAUGAAGCAAUUCGAAUAACAAAGCCCACAAUUUUGCUACCUGAACGAGCAAUGAUUUUUUCUCCCAGGCCUGUUAGUGAGCUUGAUGCUGCUGCCACCAAAGUUCAAAAAGUCUACAAGAGUUACCGGACAAGAAGAAAUCUUGCAGAUUGUGCAGUUGUAGUUGAAGAGCUCUGGUGGAAAGCGUUAGAUUUUGCAGCUUUGAAGCGAAGCUCGAUAUCUUUCUACAACAUUGGGAAAACAGAAACCGCUGUAUCGCGGUGGUCGCGAGCUAGGACAAGAGCAGCAAAGGUUGGGAAAGGUUUAUCCAAAGAUGAGAAGGCUCAUGUACUAGCUCUGCAGCACUGGCUUGAAGCUAUUGAUCCUCGCCAUCGUUAUGGACACAAUUUACAUUUCUACUAUGAUGUCUGGUCUGAUAGCAUGAGUACCCAACCUUUCUUCUACUGGUUGGAUAUUGGUGAUGGCAAAGAAUUGAAUCUUGAGAGAUGCCCAAGAAAUGAUCUACAACGCCAGUGCAUUAAAUAUCUUGGACCAAACGAGAGGGAAGCAUAUGAAGUGAUUGUGGAAAAUGGAAAGCUUGUUUACAGGCAAACUGGGGUCCUUCUGAAUACCACAGAGGGCUGUAAGUGGAUUUUUGUACUCAGCACAUCAAGAGCCUUGUACGUGGGACAGAAGAGGAAAGGUGUUUUUCAGCACUCAAGUUUCCUCUCUGGAGGGGCUACGACUGCUGCAGGAAGAUUGGUAGCUCAUGAUGGGGUUCUUGAGGCUAUAUGGCCAUAUAGUGGUCACUAUCUCCCAACUGAAGACAAUUUUAUGGAAUUUAUUAGCUUUCUCGUGGAGCAUAAUGUUGACUUGACAAAUGUGAAGAGAUUUUCCAUAGAUGAUGACUACAACUCAUUCAGUGUUGAAGAAUCUAAGCCAAAACAGGCAGAUGAUCUUCCCACCACAGAACCAACAGAGCCCAUCAGUGAUGAAUUUAGCAAAGAAGACAGCAUUGGCAGCAAUGCAGCCGAUGUGGAGGCACCAGUGUAUGACUUGUCCAGGCGUUUGUCAUGCAAGUGGACCAGUGGAGUUGGUCCUCGCAUUGGCUGUGUGAGGGACUACCCACCAAGUCUGCAAUCCCAGGCACUUGAGCAAGUCAAUCUAUCUCCUAGAGUCACCCCCGGAAGCUCAAGGAAGUUUCCUCCAAUUCCUUCUCCCCGACCUAGCCCAAAAGUUCGUGUCUCGCCAAGGCUUGCAUACAUGGGACUCCCUAGCCCAAGGGUCUCCAUUAGUAAUGCCAGUUAAACUUUCUGCAUGUUUCUUGAGGGUUGUGGCCUGCCAAGCAGCUGAACCUAAUAGAUUCAAGACCUUAGGCUAGUUGAGCACUUCUCGUGCUAAAUGAAUUUUUGUUAAAUGAGAUUGUUUAGUCAAAUAGUUCAUUAAUUUUUUUUAAUCUUUGUUUCAUUUUUGCCAUUAAUUCAGUUUUUAGUAGAAGUAUGAUAACUGGGGUUUUGUUUACUAAA